ACAACUUGAGCACAUUAAAUUACAAACACAUUAGAAUUUACUUUAAAAUUCAACUUUUAACUUAAUCAUAGAAUGAACAAAAUUCUCAGUCAUUUAUAUAACUGAGCUAAAAGCGGCCUGUUAUUAUUUAUUAAACACUUUGCAUCUUUAAAGCAAAGCAGUGGCACUUUUUUCAAGUGAACAUUUUGGUAUGUUUUUGCAUCAUGACCCUGUCAGUCUGCUCCGUGAAGCGUUCGAGCAGGCCAUUGAAAAGACUCAUUGUGUCUUGAGUCUGUCUUCAGUUGUGUUCACUGAGAGAGCAGUCUGUGACAUUAUACACAAGCACAGCACUGCUGCCUACAGUCAUGGGUUGUUAUGAAUGCUGUAUGCGCUGUCUGGGAGGAGUGCCGUACGUCUCUCUGGUGGCCACUCUGCUGUGUUUCUCUGGCAUUGCUCUGUUCUGCUGCUGUGGAAAUCAGGCCCUUACAGAGAGCGAAAGACUUAUCGAGACGUACUUCACCCGUGAGCAUCAGGACUACAUCACCCUAGCGUACCUUAUUGAGUAUUUUCAGUACAUCAUUUAUGGCCUGGCCUCCUUCUUCUUCCUGUACUGUAUAGUCCUGCUGGCUGAAGGUUUUUACACCACCAGUGUAGUCCGGCAGUCAUUUGGAGAAUUUCGUAGUACAGUAUGUGGGCGCUGUCUCAGCACAACGUUCAUUGUAAUCACAUAUAUCCUGGUUGUGAUCUGGUUGCUGGUGUUCUCUCUCUCUUCGCUUCCUGUCUACUUUUUUUACAACAUGGCAAACACCUGUCGCACUAUCAGUGUCCUCUCUGAAACGCCCUCCAGCAUCAGCCAGCUGUGCAUUGAUGCCAGACAGUACGGUUUACUUCCAUGGAGUGCAGUACCAGGAAAGGCUUGUGGGAUGACCCUGUCUAAUGUCUGCAAGACAAGAGAGUUUCUCCUGAUCUAUGAUCUCUUCAUCGCUGCCUUCGCUGGAGCGGGGAUGACAGUCUUGGCUCUGCUCACAUUCACUGUGUCCACCACCUAUAACACUGCAGUCCUGCGGUACCUGGGGAGGAAAGGCAUCGGUCCACGCUGUUAACGUCUGUUCUGUUCUACGCUCAAUAACAGCACACUAUUGGAGCAUCUUCAUCAACACAACACAAUUUCCUGACUCUCUUUUACUUUUUUUGGAUAUAAAGAUUUACAAGCUUGGAAUCUGCCUUUUAAAAAAUGCAAAUAAAAAUUAUAAUCGGGUAGAAAUAAAAAAAAAAUGAUGCUUGAAUUUCAAUCUCAUGGUGGCGGGAGCUGGUUUCCAUGGUGACCAUCCCUCACAUCUGGUUGUCAUGGAGAGAGACAGCGAUGCUUGCUGUUUUCUUGUGACCCCAGUGCUGUUUUUCUCACAGCCUCUUUAAAGGACUGAGAAAAGGACUGAAACAAUGGAUCAGCCCUCUUGGUGAGAAGAAAGCCCCGGCACAAUCCCAUGCUCGGGCUCAGUGUAGGCAUCAGAAGAUAUCGCCCACAGACAAAGAGGCUUCUGGGACUUUUCAGCUGCUUGAAUAAAAGCCUUUCUGUCACCGGUGCACAGAUGAGCAGGUAUUUUACUCCAGAGCGUGCCGUUACUAAUAGUGUUUCGUGGCUGGGAUAUCUCACUGAAAACUGAGAGUGAAAGACACAAAAAAAUGGAAAAAAGCAGCCUUAUCAGCCGUAGAUUAUUUAGUUUGUUUUCUGUAGAUAUAUAUUUUUUUUUCUUAACUAAAGGUAACUAAUUCAGGAAGUUAUAAUGUAUUCCAUCCUGAUCAUUUUUAUUUUAAUUAUUUUUUAUUUUUUUUAUGUUGGAUGAUCACCCCACAUCAUUUGGUGAAAGCAAGAUUUCCGUCUAGAUUUAAAGCAGUAGUUCACCUAAAUAGUUCACAAAUGAAAACCGUCAUGGUUUCCUCGUCCUUGUGUCAUUCCAAACCCGUAUCUCCUCACAAAAUCCAAUAUGUGUGACUAGUGCACUACAUCACAAGUCAACUCCAAUUGUUGUUGUCCUUUAAAAAACAUGCUUUUCAACAAAGUGGUAAAAUGUCAUUUGUGCUUCCUCGUAAACAAAUUUGGCAUCAUUGAUAUUAAACCUGUUGUACUGACUCAUCGAUGGCUCUAAAUGUGGUGCACAAGUCAUACAGACUACACUUUUUCAUGGUGCUUUUUUGUUCUUAGAGCAUAUUUUUAUUGCUGGAAAAAAAUGGGCACCAUUAACAUUCUUCAAAAUAUCUCCUCAUUUGUUACAGGGAUGAAUUAAAGUCAUACAGAUUUGGAACAACGUGACUGCGACAAAUAACUGUUUUUCCAUUAACGUGUGAACUGUUGAUGUUGUUUUGUAACUCUAAUUAUCAGGAGAUUAUUGUAGUUAUUGUAUAACAUGUUCUUUUGCUAAACUUCUAAUUAAUAAGUAAGUUCUUGUCAUUUAUUAAAGGGAUUAUUUCAUUACCACUAACAGUAUUUUUUUAGAUUUUUUUUUUUGUACAGACUACGUUUAUUUUCUUCUUUUAACCUGCUGCUUGGCUGCAGUUUGUUGGUCUCUUGGUUCUGUAAAAUCUGAUGUCUGGGAGGUUUAGCAGACAAUAAAGCUCAGUGCCUUUCACCAGU